AAAUCUUGUACUUGGAGAAAAGAGUAAAUAAAGUUGAACGGACUAAGCAUUUGGAACAAAUCAACGCGUAGUCUAAUUCAAGAUGGAGGUCUCGGAUGAUGCAACGAUAGUGAUAGCUCUCGACGGUUACCAGCUCUCGAUUUAAUUCACCGUCAGUGCAAUCAUUUGAUCACUGAGCAAAAAGCGCCAAUUUUUUUGUUGCAAGUUGAAGAUGUGAAGCCGUAUCAGGUCCCAAAGGUUUUUGAAUUUUGACUUGCAUUUGGUACGAUCCUUAUUCCCCCUCGAUCGCCGAACGACCAGAAAGUUGACGAUUCAGCUCGACUUCAAGAAACGUACUCUCUUGCCUGUGGAGUCAUGUCAUGACGCAGGGCGAUGUCCCGGAGUGGCUGGAGCUCGGUGAAGCUGACUGCUGACCUUCUUUGACCGUCAGAGGGUCACACAGAUUCUGCAGUCGCAACUUCCUCUUACUCAUGUUCUUUAUCUUUCCAUCCAGCUGUGCCAUCGACCAAGUCGAUCGAAGGGACUUCUAGCUGCAGAGAGGUUCUGGUGGAUGUGCUGGUGGGACACAGGAGGAAGGAGCAAGGAGCAAGGAUGCGUUAUACAGCGAUUCUGUUUUUUGGAGCGGUGAUCCUUUGCUGGUUAUACUUGGCAGUGUCCACGAAAAUUUCUGGGCACAUGGUGUUGGUUGUAGCAUCUGUGAUUCACCUGUCGGUCAUCAUGGCCAUCUAUGCAGAGGGUAGGAAUACUCUGAGGGCUUAUCAGGAUGUGGAGAGUCUCAUGGAGUAUCGACUGAAAGAGUUGGAGAAAGACAUCGACGAGAUUCGCUUCAAGCUGAAGCUUGAUGAGAUGGAUCCAACCGAAGGCUGCCGUGUGCGCGAAGAGACGAUGGAGUCACAGGGAGGGCAGGGUCCCUCCAACGUCAAAUACAUCCAGCUCACCCCUUCCUGAUUGCAAUUAUGCUAUUUUGUCUUGGGUUGUUGCACACACACAUAGGCUACGGCAAGAGCUAAAUCGCAGGCAACUCUCGUGCAUGGCGAUGACGUCUCUCUGGUUGUUUACUACAAGAUUUUGUGAAAUAGGGUUGUCGUAUUGCAAUCAGUAUCCUGCUUUCAAAAAUGGUGCGACCAUGAGAUUCAUUUUACUCAUGCAUCAAACAGUGAGCAUGAGAUCAUCGAGAAGUAUUAUCGCAAGUCUUUAGUGUUGAGCUACGUCACUUGCAACCACCGGCUAUGGAAGCUAUUGAUCGGAUUUAUAAUAAGUUAUGCUCAUUUUAUGGCUUCCUGGCAGUUAAUAUCAUCAGGCGAUCUUGUGACAGACUUAAAAUCAUGCAGGACAUAAUUCUCAAUUCGUGAUGCUCAAGUUGAGAGCUGCUCUCUCUCUCUCUCUGUUUGCAAUUGCACUUUACAAAUCAAACGACC